AUGCCCCACACGAUCUCCCCCUCUGAGACUCCCGCUAUGCCGACCGUCGUCGCAAAGGGCCCCUCCGGCGUGCCCCCCACCCCCGAAGAGAUUUCCUCCCUUCUCAACACUAUCUUCACCUCCGAGAGCUCCCAGGGAUCCCUCGAUGGCGCAUAUGCCUUGACCAACUUGCUCAUCCAGGGCGCUGGCUGUGCAGGCCUGCUGAACUACAAUGUUCUCGCCGAAGUUCGGAAGGCAGCUUCCGAUAAGAAGAAUGGUGCUAAGCGCGAGAGCGCCAUGCUCAUCAUCGGUGCUCUGUUCGAGCGCUUCCCCCGCGAGUUUCCGCUCAGUGAAGCCAUCUUCCUCCUGCACGACGGAGGCAUCUUUGAUAUCGCCUUGGACGGCCUGGCCGACAAGGGCGCCGUUGUGCGCGAUGCUGCCCAAUAUGCCAUUGAUGCUCUCUUCGGAAGCCUCAGCCCCGAGGCCAUGGUCAACGGUCUGCUUCCUGCCCUUGAGCGCUACUUGAGCAAGGGCUCCGGCAAGUGGCAAGGUUUCGUCGGUGCCUACUCGCUCAUUGAGAAGAUGGCGGUUAAGGCGCAGUUGGGCAAAGGCUCCAAGGACGAGGAGCGCCAGAAGGACUUGCUGCGCGAUGCAAUGGGCAAGACCUUGAAGGAACUCAUCCCCAUCGUUGAGUCCGGCAUGCACGAUUUGAAGAGCGAGGUGGUUAAGCAGUCUUGCAAAACCAUGACUGCCCUCACUACCCUUCUGUCCAACGAUGAUGUGGCUCCCCGCAUUCCCCUUCUGAUCAAGACUAUGGAGAACCCCUCCGCUCAAACCCUCCAGAAGGCCAUUCACGCCUUGUCCCAGACCACCUUCGUCGCCAUUGUCACAUCUCCUGUGUUGGCCAUGCUCACUCCUUUGCUCGCCCGGUCUCUCAAUACCCCCGCUACUCCUCAAGAGACCCUUCGCCAAACCGUUGUCGUUGUGGAGAACUUGACCAAGCUGGUCCACGAUCCUGCGGAGGCUCGCACUUUCCUUCCUAAGCUUCAACCCGGUGUGAAGUCCGUCAAGGAGGGUGCUUCCCUCCCCGAGGUCCGUGAGCUCGCCACCCGUGCCCUCGACGUUAUCGAGACUGCUAUGGGAGACAAGGAUGUUGCUACCGGUUCGAUCUCCAAGACUACCCCCGAGGAAGUUCUGGUCCUGUUGAACGCUCAGAUCCAAGAGCACGGUGGCCUGGGUGGCUUUGGUGACGCCCAGCUGCAAGAUAUGGCCAAGAACUUCAUCGCAGGCAUGGUCCGCGAGGAUAUCAACUCCCGUAUGCACGACCGUAUCCCCGGCUGCAUUGACCCUUACCUUCGCGGUCUGCUCGUGGAUGGAAACACAGAGGCUGUUGCCACUGCUGUCCAGAGCCACUACGUAACCGAGGACGAAAUCAAGUAUGGCAAGCCCAUUCCGGAUGACCCCAAUGAGGUCGAGAUUGUCAACGCCGAUUUCUCCCUCGCUUACGGCGGUAUGCUCCUGCUGUCCCACACCAAACUGCGUCUUCUGAAGGGUAUUGCAAACGAGAAGCUUGAAGGCUUCCCGCCUCAAAGCGAGGUGCGCACUUGUUUCGUGGAGCACAACCAGGGUGAAGACGCCAACUUGAGCAUCUUCGAGUAUGUUGCCAAGGACCCCAAGAUUGCUGCACAGGGCAAGGAACACAUUGGCGAGGUUCUCCUCGAGUUCGGCUUCACUGAUGGCCCCGAGGGUCGCCAGUCCCAGCCCGUGGGCUCCCUGUCCGGUGGUUGGAAGAUGAAGUUGGCCCUGGCUCGUGCCAUGCUCCAGAAGGCUGAUGUGCUUCUGCUGGACGAACCUACUAACCACUUGGAUGUCGCAAACGUCAAGUGGCUGCAAGAAUACUUGAAGUCGCACACAGAGAUCACCAGUUUGAUCGUCAGUCACGACUCUGGCUUCCUUGAUGAAGUCUGCACUGACAUUUACCACUACGAGAGCAAGAAGCUUGUCUGCUACAAGGGUAACCUUGCUGAAUUCGUCAAGCAGAAGCCCGAGGGUAAGAGUUACUACACUUUGUCCGCAUCCAACGUGCAGUUCAAGUUCCCUCCCCCUGGUAUCUUGUCUGGCAUCAAAUCUCACACUCGUGCCAUUAUGCGUAUGAGCAACGUCUCGUUCACCUACCCGGGCGCUCCCCGCCCCUCCCUGCAUGACGCCUCGUUGUCACUCUCUCUAUCCUCCCGUGUCGCUAUCAUCGGUGGAAAUGGUGCUGGCAAGUCUACUUUCAUCAAGAUCCUGACUGGUGAGACCAUUCCUCAGACUGGAAAGGUUGAGAAGCACCCCAACUUGCGUAUCGGUUACAUCAAGCAGCAUGCUCUGGAGCACGUUGAGAUGCACUUGGAGAAGACACCCAGCCAGUAUCUCCAGUGGCGUUACGCCAACGGUGAUGACCGUGAAGUGUUCAUGAAGCAGACCCGUAUCUUGACCGAUGCCGACAAGGCUCAGCUGGAAAAGCCAGUUGAUCUGGGUGACGGCCGCGGUGCCCGUCGCAUCGAGACCUUGAUCGGUCGUCAGAAGUGGAAGAAGUCCUUCCAGUACGAAGUCAAGUGGGUUGGUCUUCUUCCCAAGCACAACACCAUGAUCUCGCGUGAGACCCUGCUUGAGCUUGGCUUCUUCAAGCUGGUUCAGGAGUUCGACGAUCACGAGGCUUCCCGUGAGGGUCUGGGCUUCCGUGUUCUUGACCCCAAGACUAUCACCAAGCACUUCGAGGAUAUUGGUAUGGAUCCCGAGAUCGCCAACCACAACGAGAUCUCCGGUCUUUCUGGUGGUCAGAAGGUCAAGGUCGUCUUGGCUGGUGCCAUGUGGAACAACCCCCAUCUGUUGGUCCUGGACGAGCCCACUAACUUCUUGGAUCGUGACUCGCUUGGUGGCCUCGCUGUUGCCAUCCGCGACUUCAAGGGUGGUGUCGUUAUGAUUUCUCACAACGAGGAGUUCGUCGGCGCUCUCUGCCCUGAGCAACUGCACAUUGCCGAUGGCCGCGUCGUGAGCCGUACCAACAACGCCGUUAGCCUGGACCGUUUCGAGGACAGCGCUACCAACUCCCCCUCCGGCCCUGGUACUCCUGCUACCGGCUCGGCCGUUACCAGUGCCGCCCCCUCAGCCGUUAACUCCGGCGAUGAAGGUGCUGGAGACCUCAAGUUCCGUGCCAAGAAGAAGAAGAAGAUGACCCGUGCCCAACAGAAGGAGCGCGAGACCCGCCGUCGUCUGCGCUAUAUCGAAUGGUUGAACUCCCCCAAGGGUACUCCCAAGCCUGUGGACUCCGAUGACGAAUAG